GCAACAAGCCAACCACAUCGCCUCACGAUGAAAAGCGCCGCUGCAUUCGCCACCUUCCUAGCGCUGGGUCUCUUCGUUGCAUCGGACGAAGUUCAAGCUACACCUUCGCUUCGUGGUCUACGAGUCAAUGCUGAUACCCAAGCAACGGAAGACGAUGAGAGCAGAAAGGAUCACCACCACCACCACGUCAAGAAAGCCGUCAAGAAAGUCAAGAAGAUCGCUAUUCCGGUUCCCGUUCCCGUCGAGGUGCCGCAGCUCAUUCCAGUUCCGGUCAGCGUUCCGUCGGCGGUGGUGGCGAACUCCAACAAUGCUGUUGUAAGCUCGAACAACAAUGUUGUUGCAGCCCCUGGCGCUGCUGCUGCUGCACCGGGUGCUCCCGGACCUGGUGCUCCUGGACCUGUGACUCCAGCCCCGACGAUUCCAGGUGGACGUCCAGCACCAACCCCUGCAGCCACUACACCCGGAAGAUCGAGACCCACACCAGCACCGACUGGCCAGGCCAAUGGAGGAAUUUCUGGUGCUCAACUACCCGCAGCACCAGUCACCGCACCUCAAGGCGGUGCUGCAGGCAUGACCGGAGUUCCACCGUCGCCAGGCUUCGGAGGAAACGGUAACGCGUUCGGAGCUGGACUUGGUGCUCCAGGUGCCGGCAGUGGAAUCCCCGCAAAUGGUGGCGCACUCGCUGGCGGAGUUGGCAGCGGGUUAGCUGCGAACUCGAUGGGAGGAUUCGGUGGAGCGAAUCGGAUGGGUGCUCUUGGUGGCGGCAUGCUCGGCGGUCCUGGAGCUGGUGCUGGUAUGGGCGGGGGCUUCUUCAAUGGAAACGGUGGAGGUGGCUUCGGUCAGCCAAUGGGUGUCGGUAUGCAAGGUGGCAACACGUUUGGUGGCUUCGGUGGUCAAGGCGGCGCAAUGGGGAACUUCAACCAAGCUGGCAACAACGGAUUUGCAGGUGUUGCUGGAGGACAGUUUGGCUUUGGAGGUGCUGCAGCGGGAGGUGGCAAUAGCUUCGGCAGCGCAAAUGCAUUAGGAGGAGGCUUCAAUCGUCGCAAGCGUCGUCGAUGAUCAAUCGCAACUGAGCUGUUUGUACAUAUAGCUAGCAACGAUUUGUACUCGU